UGUUCUCUCAAGUGACCAAAAGCAAAAUGAAACACUUCAGAUCUCCCUUGUUCUUGUUCUUCUUAAUUGUCGUGUUCUCUGCAUCUCUUUCUUCUUCAACCAUCGUCUCUCAUGACGAACGGGCAAUCACCAUUGAUGGUCAACGCAGAAUUCUCAUCUCCGGCUCUAUUCAUUACCCACGAAGCACCGUCGAUAUGUGGCCCGAUUUGAUAAACAAGGCGAAAGAUGGCGGUCUAGACGCCAUCGAGACGUACGUUUUCUGGAAUGCUCAUGAACCGGCUCGUAGGCAGUAUGAUUUCUCGGACAAUCUCGAUCUUGUUCGUUUCGUCAAGACGGUACAAGACGCUGGUCUAUACGCCGUUCUUCGGAUCGGGCCAUACGUUUGCGCAGAAUGGAAUUACGGAGGGUUCCCCGUGUGGCUGCACAACAUGCCUAACGUGGAAUUCAGAACCACCAACACUGAUUUCAUGAACGAAAUGCAAAACUUCACCACUUUGAUAGUCGAUAUGAUGAAGCGUGAGAAGCUCUUUGCAGUUCAAGGCGGUCCAAUCAUUCUUGCUCAAAUUGAGAACGAGUAUGGAAACGUGAUCCAGUCGUACGGAGCGGCUGGUAAGGCCUAUAUCGACUGGUGCUCUAACAUGGCCGAUUCUCUCGAUAUCGGCGUUCCGUGGAUUAUGUGCCAAGAAACUGAUGCUCCCGAGCCAAUGAUCGAAACGUGCAAUGGCUUCUACUGCCACGACUACAAACCGACAAACCCGAGUAACCCUAAGAUGUGGACCGAAAACUGGACCGGUUGGUUCAAGAACUGGGGAGGGAAACACCCUUUCAGAACAGCAGAAGAUCUUUCUUUUGCCGUUGCCCGGUUCUUCCAAACCGGCGGAACAUUUCAGAACUAUUACAUGUAUCACGGUGGUACCAACUUUGGAAGAACAGCAGGAGGUCCAUACAUCACCACUUCAUACGAUUACCACGCUCCUCUCGAUGAAUUCGGUAACUUGAACCAGCCGAAAUGGGGACACUUGAAGGAACUCCACAAUGUGUUGAAAUCCAUGGAGAGGUCCCUCACUUAUGGAAACAUAUCCGACAUCGAUAUGGGGAACUCUGUUACUGUGACAACGUACGCCACGAGCGAAGGAUCCAGCUGCUUUAUAAGCAAUGCUAACACGACGGUCGAUGCCGUAGUAAGCUUCCAAGGGAAUCAGUACAACGUCCCGGCUUGGUCAGUCAGUGUUCUUCCCGACUGCAAGAAGGAGGUUUACAAUACCGCCAAGGUGAGCACUCAAGAAUCGGUUAUGGUUGCGGAAGACGCGCACGUUAGUGGAAUCCAGUGGAGUUGGAGGCCCGAGAUGGCGGAGGACACGAUCCUUAAAGGCAAAGGAGACGUUGUUGCAAGCGGUCUGUUCGAUCAAAAAGCCGUUGCGAAUGAUGCUAGUGACUAUCUUUGGUACAUGACCAGGGUUCAUCUUGACAAGAGCGAUCCGAUUUGGAGCCACAACAUGAGUCUUCGUGUACACAGCAACGCCCAUGUUCUCCAUGCAUACGUCAAUGGAGAACACGUUGGUACCCACUUCGUGAAAGAUGGAAAAUACGAUUACGAUUUCGAGAAAAGCGUCAAACUCGUCCAUGGGACUAACCGUAUAGCGCUCCUCAGCGUCACCGUCGGGUUCCAUAACUACGGAGCAUUCUUUGAGAAGAAUGCUGCAGGCAUCAACGGUCCUGUUUCGAUAGUUGGGUACAAAGGCGACGAGAGAAUCGAGAAGGAUCUUUCCGGGCAUCAAUGGGAAUACAAGAUCGGAUUAAACGGAAUCGAGAACAAAGUUUUCAGUCCAGAUUCAGCAAGUAACCUCAAAUGGUCGACCCAACAGUUUCCUACAUUCAGAAUGCUCACGUGGUACAAGACACCAUUCGACACUCCUUCUGGGAACUCUCCUGUGGUAGUGGACCUAAAUGGUCUUGGAAAGGGUGAAGCAUGGAUCAAUGGUAGAAGCAUUGGACGCUACUGGCCGAGCUUCGACGCUGAUAACGAUGGCUGCAGUGAAGAAUGCGAUUACCGUGGACCGUACGACAGCAACAAAUGCGCAUUCAAAUGCGGAGAACCAACUCAAAGACUAUACCACGUUCCACGAGAUUUCUUGAACGGAAACAGCAGUAACACACUGACACUGCUGGAAGAAAUGGGAGGAGAUCCGAGUAUGGCGAGCUUCAAGACGAUAGGUGUGGGUUCUGCAUGCGCCAGGGCUGAGGAGAACAAAGUGGUGGAGCUUUCAUGCAACGGGAAACCAAUCUCAGCCGUUAAAUUCGUUAGUUUCGGUAAUCCAACCGGUAAGUGUGGAUCUUUCGCCAAAGGGAUGUGCGAUGGAGCUGAGGAUGCUGAGGCUGUUGCUUCAACGGAGUGUGUGGGAAAGAUGACGUGUAAACUCGAAGCCUCUUCCACGGUGUUUGGAGCUGCAGAUUGCGGCGAUUUGGCGAAGAGCCUUGCCGUUGAAGUCGUCUGCUAGGUUUUGGGUUAUGAUAAUCUCUAGGUAUUUUCUUUUUUGAGAUUUGUAAUAAAUUA